CAAGAAGGGGCGGGUGGGACUGGGCUAGACGGGACGGGACGGGACUGGGCAGCCCAGCUCUCCGACUCCUCCCUCUGUCCCUCUCCACAAGUCCCUCUGCCCGGCUUCUCCUCAGUCCCUCUUGACCUGCAUCCCCUCCUCCAGGCAGCCCUCCUGCCUGCGCCGCGCGCCCAUGGAUUACUCCUACCUCAACUCCUACGACUCUUGUGUGGCCGCCAUGGAGUCCGCCUACGGCGACUUCAGCCCCUGCGGCCAGGCGGGCGCCUUCCAGUACAGUCCCCUGGGGCGACCCGCCUUCAGCGCAGCAGCCACGGCAGGACCCGCCUGCCCCGGCCUUGCCUCACCUCCCUGCGGCCUGGGCGCCUUGCGGGAUCACCAGCCCGCACCCUACUCCACAGUGCCGUACAAGUUUUUCUCCGACCCGUCGGGGCUAAGCGAGAAACGCAAGCAGCGCCGAAUCCGCACGACCUUCACCAGCUCACAGCUCAAGGAACUGGAGCGAGUGUUUGCGGAGACCCAUUACCCGGAUAUCUACACACGGGAGGAGCUGGCGCUCAAGAUCGACCUCACCGAGGCCCGAGUGCAGGUCUGGUUCCAGAAUCGCAGGGCCAAGUUUCGGAAGCAGGAGCGGGCAGCCAGUGCCAAGGGUGCCGGGGGUGGAGCUGGUCCUCCGGGCACCAAGAAGGGGGAGGCCAGAUCCUCCUCGGAAGAUGACGAGUCAAAGGAGUCCAACUGCAGCCCGACACCAGACAGCACGGCCUCCCUGCCUGGCCCUGGUGGCCUAGCCAGCCCAAGCCCUAGCCUCAGCCUCAGCCUCAGCCCCAGUCCUGGCCUGCCCCCAGCCCCAGCCCCUGCCCCUCUCAAAGGGCCCCUGUGGGCUGGUGGGCCAGGGGGAGGAGGAGGUGGCCCUGGGGCACCUAGCCCUGCUGAGCUGCUCAAGGCCUGGCAGCCUGCAGAGCCCGGGCCAGGGCCCUUUUCUGGCGUCCUCUCCUCCUUCCACCGGAAAGCCCCAACCUCUGCUUCAGCCACUGCUGCCCUCAAAGCCAACCUCUUCUAACUGUACCCCUUGCUCCCUGCCCCAGCCUCCUGGGAACUGCACAGCUGAGAUGUUCCUGCUUCUUCUCCCUCUCAGACAGGGCCAGGCAGCUACUGCCUUCCCUUCUGGGGAUCCUGCCACGGCCAGAGACAUGCCCUUCCCUCCAUCAAGAUGUUCCUUUUCUCUCUUUUGAAGCCUGUCACUGCCACAGAGCCCACCCCUACCUCCCCCAGACAUUUCCCUCCCAAACUUCUAGGGACUCUUGGAGUGAAAUAGUGAAAUAGCUCUCUUCCCUAACUGUGCUGACAGAUGUCCCCUUUUCUCAUUGAAACACCCAUUUCUCCACCAUCCCCCCCCCUGGCCCUGCCCACCUCUUGAGGAUAAUCUUGCCAUAGCCAGAGAGGACCCUUUUCUCAAUGUGCCAGUCCCUAAAAAUGCCCCUUCCUCCCCACUCUCCCAGAACAAGCAGAUGCUCCACGGUGGGAAGCCACUCUCUCCAAAGCACCCCCUUCCACACUCUGGGCACUAUCAUGGCCAAAGAUGUUCCUCUCUGGGUAACCAAGGCCCAUCAUCAGGACCCUAGGUAUCAGUGACCACCAGAGAUGCCACUUUCCUUUGACUCCCUAUCCCAAGGAUCCAUUAUGUCUGGACAUGCCCUCCCCUGGAGAAAUAGCAGACAGCCCCUUUUCUGUGGACUCCAUCAUUGUUCAGUGUCCCCUCCUGAUUCCCAUUCUCUACCCCCUCCAUAAGUCCCUUGGGAAAUUCUUUAAACCAGCCCAGCCCCUUAUGAAUUUGGAGGAGGUAAUCCAAGGUAUGAUGCCUGAGGAGGCACCAUGGGAAGCAGCCAUCCAUCACCCCCACAAGCUCCACUUUCUAGGGCUCCUCUGGGUUCUGGAGCUGGCAAAUAUUGCUAGAGCUGCAAAGGGUGCCCAGCUUGAAUGACUCGCUUCAAUGACUCAGCUACCACUGGAAAUGGGCUGCUGCCCACGACGGGCCUUGACUCUCAUAGACAAUUGGACCUAGAGCUGGGAGGAACUUUAAAGACCAUGUAGUUCAACCUUACAGAGAAAACUGAGGCCCAGAGAGGUUACACAGCUAGUAGGGAGCAGAGCUCUCUGGACUCUUUGCUCCCACUUCCCAGGGCCAUUCAUAGGUUGGGCAAGGGGUGGGGAGAGUGGGUGGGGGUAACUAUUGCCCAAGACCAGGAUCCCUAAAAGUCAGGCAAGGGUAUAAUUAUUUCCUUUUUUUUCUUCCAACUUUUGUUUUCCUUUCUAAAACUCGUCUGUAAUUUAUUGAGAUCAAAUUCUGCUCAAUCCAAAUAAAAUUAAUUUAUUGAAGCCA